AUGCAUAGCUGGAAGGAGAGGGAACGACUUCCCAUUGCCAUCUUCUCUGGCUGUAGCGAAACACUCCGGUUGCCUGUGUGGGGGCUGUGGGACUGGCAGCAUGUCAGCAGUGACAGAGCUGUCCCUCCAAAACUGAAGAAACUGAAGAGCCCAAAUGUUCACGUGGGUGAGAAGAUUUCACUGAAAUGUGAGGCGACAGCUGGCAACCCUCAGCCCUCCUACAAAUGGUUUAAAGAUGGCAAGGAGCUGAAGAAGAGCAAAGACAUCCGCAUCAAAUAUGGGAACGGCAAAAAGAUUUCCAGACUGCAGUUCAACAAGGUGAAGCUGGAAGAUGCUGGGGAGUACAGCUGCGAAGCAGAGAAAAAAAAAAAAUGGUUGAAUCCAGGCCCGGGAAAAGGUUCUGAGUUAACAGCACAUCUUGUGAUUUGGAGACUCAAAGUUUGGGGAAACCUCUGGAUGCCUCUGCAGGAACAUGGCAUUGCAAAAAGUGGAACAACGAAAGCACCACAAGUCUUACCAGCCUCAGAAACUAAAAUAGUUGUUAUGGAAGAAGAGUUAACUACAACUCUCUCCUCCUGGUCUGGGCAUGCUAGAAAAUGCAACGAAACAGCCAAGUCCUAUUGUGUCAAUGGUGGGGUAUGCUACUACAUCGAAGGGAUUAAUCAGCUGUCUUGCAAAUGUCCAAAUGGAUUCUUCGGACAGAGAUGUUUGGAGAAACUGCCUUUGCGAUUGUACAUGCCAGAUCCUAAGCAAAAAGCUGAAGAGCUUUACCAGAAGAGAGUUUUAACCAUCACUGGAAUCUGUGUUGCCUUGCUUGUUGUGGGCAUCGUCUGUGUGGUAGCUUACUGUAAAACCAAGAAACAACGAAAGCAAAUGCAUAAUCAUUUACGACAGAACAUGUGUCCUGCCCAUCAGAACCGAAGUCUUGCAAAUGGGCCAAGUCACCCACGCUUGGAUCCUGAGGAAAUUCAAAUGGCUGAUUACAUUUCUAAGAACGUUCCUGCCACUGAACAUGUGAUCCGAAGGGAAACAGAGACAACUUUUUCAGGAAGUCAUUCCUCCUCCCCAUCCCAUCACUGCUCCACAGCCACUCCAACUUCCAGCCAGAGACACGAAAGCCACACAUGGAGCUUGGAGCGGACAGAGAGCCUGACUUCAGAUUCCCAGUCGGGGAUAAUGCUGUCCUCAGUGGGAACCAGUAAAUGCAACAGCCCUGCAUGUGUGGAAGCUCGGGCCCGCCGUGGGGCCGCGUACUGCAUUGAGGACUCGAGGAGGCCCAUGACGCAGUAUCGGGAUUCCGUGGAUUCUCUGCGGGACUCACCACACAGCGAGAGGUAUGUGUCGGCCUUGACCACACCAGCACGCCUUUCGCCCGUUGACUUCCAGUACUCGGUGGCUUCACAGGUGCCCACUUUUGAGAUCACCUCCCCCAACUCCGCACAUGCCGUGUCCCUGCCGCCCGCAGCCCCCAUCAGCUUCCGCGUGGAGGAACAACAGCCCCUCCUGCGGCGGUACCAGGUUCCCUUCCAGGACAUGCAGAGAUACGACAGCUACUACCAAAGGAAGACCUACCUAAAUGACAGCAUGGGGAGCCUGCCUUCCAGCCCCUUCCGCAUCACGGAGGAUGACGAGUACGAGACAACGCAGGAGUACGUCACAGCGCUAGAGCAGCCAAAGAAAACAGCCAGCAGCAACAGGCGGUGGAAAAAAUCCAAACUGAACGGGCACGUCUCUCACAGAGCCAGAGCGGUCCGGGACUCGUUCUCCUUGAGCAGCGCCUCUUACAGCGAGUCUGACGAGGAGCUUGUGGCCGAGAGCACCCCCUUCCUAAGCAUUCAGAACAAUGACGCAAUGAACACAGAUUCACCCCCGCUCUAUCGGCCAGGCGACAGCCGGACUUACUAUUCCUACAGCAGACACAGCACUCACGGGGAAAGUGGGCAGAGCAGCUUGACACACACGACACCCAAACAAGACCCGGAUCCUCUCUAGAAGUCUCACAAACUCACACACCCACAAACACACCUGUAUGGAAAAGGCGGAGGAGGGAGUCAAAACAAAACAAAUAAAUAAAUAUUUUUAUUUUAUAUAAAA